GUGGUUUCUUAGUUCCUACUCGGUGUUUUGUUAGUCGCCUGUGUGUUAGUGCAGUUUAACUUUACAUAUUUUUUACAGCUAGUGUGUGAAUCUUCUGUAAUUGAGUAGGCCCUUGACGACAGUAUUGUUUAGGAUAAAGUUUGAUUCGCUCCGUCGCUUGUUGGAGGCAAAACUGAGAAUGGCUGGAACAGAAGGACCUCUUAAGAGUUUAUUUGAGAAUAAGGCUCUCAGUAAACCCAAGAAAGAUGAGAAGCGUCUGUCUGUGGAGCGGAUCUAUCAGAAGAAGACCCAGCUGGAGCAUAUCCUGCUCCGACCUGACACCUACAUAGGCUCAGUGGAACCUGUGACUCAGCAAAUGUGGGUGUUUGAUGAGGAUAUAGGGAUGAAUUGCAGAGACAUCACAUUUGUGCCAGGCCUCUACAAGAUUUUUGAUGAGAUUCUGGUGAAUGCUGCUGAUAACAAACAGAGGGAUAAGACUAUGAACUGCAUCAAGGUCAACAUUGACCCAGAGAAUAACACAAUCAGUGUGUGGAACAAUGGGAAGGGUAUUCCUGUGGUUGAACACAAAGUGGAAAAAGUGUACGUUCCUGCUUUGAUCUUUGGCCAACUCCUGACCUCCAGUAACUAUGAUGAUGAUGAGAAGAAGGUCACAGGUGGGCGAAAUGGAUAUGGUGCCAAGCUGUGUAACAUUUUCAGCCUAAAGUUUACUGUCGAGACUGCUUGCAGAGAGUCAAAACGCUGUUUCAAACAGACAUGGUUUGACAACAUGGGUCGAGCUGGUGAAUCUAAGAUUAAACCUUUCGAUGGCGACGACUACACCUGCAUCACAUUCCAGCCAGACCUAGCCAAGUUCAAGAUGCAAGCUUUAGAUAACGACACUGUUGCGCUACUGACUCGGCGAGCAUAUGACAUUGCUGGAUCCUCUAAAGGUGUCCGUGUCUUUCUCAAUGGAAAAAGGCUGCCAAUUAAUAAUUUCCGCACCUAUGUGGACUUGUAUGUGAAGGAAAAGGUGGAUGAAACUGGUUCUCCCCUGACAGUAGUUCACGAGAUGGUGAAUGAGCGCUGGGAAGUGUGUCUUACCCUUAGUGAAAAGGGGUUCCAGCAAGUCAGCUUUGUUAACAGCAUCGCCACAACUAAGGGUGGCAGACACACAGACUAUGUUGCAGAUCAGAUUGUGUCCAAACUGAUUGAAGUAGUGAAAAAGAAGAACAAAGCUGGAGUAGCCGUCAAACCUUUCCAGGUCAAGAACCAUAUGUGGUUGUUUGUGAACUGUCUGAUUGAGAACCCCAGCUUUGACUCUCAGACCAAGGAGAAUAUGACCUUGCAGCAGAAGAAUUUUGGUUCCACCUGCUCUCUGAGUGACAAGUUUGUUAAGCAGGCUAAUGGAUGUGGAAUUGUGGAAAGCAUUAUGAACUGGGUGAAGUUUAAAGCCCAGGCACAGCUCAAUAAGAAAUGCUCAGCUGUCAAACACACGAAGAUUAAAGGAGUACCCAAGCUGGAUGAUGCCAACGAUGCAGGUGGAAAAAACUCCAAUAGCUGCACUCUAAUCCUGACCGAAGGAGACUCGGCCAAAACUUUGGCCGUGUCGGGUCUGGGUGUGGUGGGACGGGAUCGCUAUGGUGUCUUCCCUCUGCGUGGUAAAAUGCUCAACGUUCGAGAAGCGUCACACAAACAGAUCAUGGAAAAUGCUGAGAUCAACAACAUCAUUAAGAUCCUGGGUCUUCAGUACAAAAAGAACUACAGUGACCCUGAGUCACUCAAGAGUCUGCGCUAUGGCAAGCUCAUGAUCAUGACAGAUCAGGAUCAAGAUGGAUCUCACAUUAAAGGUCUGCUGAUCAACUUCAUCCAUCAUAACUGGCCAUCACUGCUGCGCCAUAACUUUCUGGAAGAGUUCAUCACCCCUAUCAUCAAGGCAUCCAAUAAGAAGCAGGAGAUUUCUUUCUACAGUAUCCCAGAGUUCACUGAGUGGAAGGAGAAGCAGAGUAGCAUCAAAUCCUGGAAAAUCAAAUACUACAAAGGUUUGGGUACCAGCACAUCAAAGGAGGCCAAAGAGUAUUUUUCGGAUAUGACAAGACAUCGAAUCCCUUUUAAGUACUCCGGGCCGGCUGAUGAUGAGGCUAUCACCCUGGCCUUUAGUAAGAAGAUGAUAGAGGAGAGGAAGGAAUGGCUGACCAGCUUUAUGAUCAACAGACGUCAGCGUAGAGAACACAAUCUGCCUGAGGAGUAUCUGUACGGACAGGCAACCAAGUCCCUCUCCUACCAUGAUUUCAUCAAUAAAGAGCUUGUGCUGUUCUCCAACUCUGACAACGAGAGGUCAAUCCCCUGCAUGGUGGAUGGGCUUAAACCAGGCCAGAGAAAAGUUAUCUUCUGUUGUUUUAAGAGGAAUGAUAAGAGAGAGGUGAAAGUGGCUCAGUUGGCUGGAUCAGUGGCUGAGAUGUCAGCUUAUCACCAUGGAGAGGUUUCUCUGAUGAUGACCAUUGUGGGUCUUGCUCAGAAUUUUGUGGGCAGUAAUAAUUUGAACCUGCUCCAGCCUCUGGGUCAGUUUGGCACACGUCUGCAUGGAGGCAAAGACUCGGCCAGCCCCAGAUACAUCUUUACUAUGCUCAGUACACUUUCUCGUCUACUGUUCCCUGCGGUGGACGACAACCUGCUGAAGUACAACUACGAUGACAAUUUGCGAGUGGAACCGGAGUGGUACAUGCCCAUCAUCCCUCUGGUGCUGGCUAAUGGAGGUGAAGGUAUUGGCACAGGAUGGGCCAGCCGUAUCCCUAACUAUGACGUGCGAGAAAUCAUCAACAAUAUUCACCGCAUGCUUAACGGAGAAGAGCCGCUCCCCAUGCUGCCCAGCUAUAAGGGCUUCAAGGGGACCAUUGAUGAGCUGGCAAAGAAUCAGUAUGUGAAUAAUGGAGAGGUGGCCAUCAUUGACUCCACCACCAUCGAGAUCACAGAGCUGCCAGUCAAAACCUGGACACAGACCUAUAAGGAGAAUGUGUUGGAGGUGAUGCUGAACGGCACAGAGAAGGUUCCUGCUCUGAUCACAGACUACAAGGAGUAUCAUACGGACACCACAGUGCGUUUUGUUGUUAAAAUGACCGAGGAGCGCCUGAGAGAGGCAGAGGCAGCUGGACUGCACAAAGUCUUCAAACUCCAGAACCUGCUCACCUGUAACUCCAUGGUGUUAUUUGAUCAUGUGGGCAGUCUGAAGAAGUACGAGUCAGUUCAGGACAUCUUAAAGGAGUUCUUUGAGCUUAGAAUGAAAUACUACAUCCUCAGGAAAGACUGGCUUGUAGGAAUGCUGGGAGCCGAAAGUGCCAAACUCUCCAACCAAGCCCGAUUCAUUCUGGAGAAAAUCCAGGGCACACUGGUCAUUGAAAACAAACCAAAGAAAGAGCUGAUCCGCAUGCUUCAGCAGAUGGGCUAUGACUCGGACCCUGUUAAAGCAUGGAAAGAUGCUCAGGAGAAGGAUGUAGAAGAGGAUGCUGAGGAUGAUGAUGAGAAGGAGAAAGAGGACACGUCUGGCCCUGAUUAUAACUAUCUGCUCAGCAUGCCCAUGUGGUACCUAACCAAAGAAAAGAAAGAUGAGUUGUGCAAGCAGAGAGAUGCAAAGAUGACAGAGUUGAACACACUCAAGAUGAAGGCCCCUGCUGAUCUAUGGAAAGAAGAUCUGGCAGCUUUUACUGAGGAGCUGGAGCGUGUGGAACAGAAAGAGAAGGAGGCACAGACUGCAAUGCCCCUGGUGAAGGGUAAAGUGGGCAAACCAAAAGUGGUCAAGGUAAAGAACGAGACCAUGCCUACACCGCAGGGCCGCAGGGUUAUCCCUCGCAUCACCAGCACCAUGAAAGUCCAGGCUGUAAAAAAAGAGCGAGGCAAAGGAUCGAAGAAAGAGGCUGGUGUGGUGAUGAAGAUGGAGUUUGAUGAUGAGGCAACUGAUGGCACUGGGGUGGGACUGGCUGCAAGACUCACAAAGAAGAUCAAGAAAGAGCCAACCAAAGACAAAGGCUCAAAGUCAGGAAAGCAGACCACCCUCACUUUUAAACCAGUCCAGAAGAAGAACCCCUGGUCUUCUGAUGAGGGAGAGUCUGAUUCUGACGUAGAGUUGUUGCCUGAGGAAACGGCCCCAAGAGAAAAGAGGGAACGCAAGGCUGCUGUUGAAAAGAAGUACAGUCUGUCGAGCAGCGAGGAUGAAUUUGAUGACUUUACGAAGAGCAGUAAACCGAAGCAUGCUGUUAUUGAGGACGAUGAGUCCUUCAAUCCAGAACCCAGUGGUGCACUUGACAGUGAUAUGGACUCUCCUCCUCCACCUGUUGUGAAAAAAGCCCCAACGAAAGUUGCCAAAGCAAAGGCAGAGAAACCAGAAGCCAGCAAGUCUAGCUCUCAUUCUGAAGCCAGUCAAGAGUCGGAUCCUAAACCUGUGAAGAAAUCUGCUGUAGGAGCUGCCAAAAAACCUCCUGCCAAGAAGACAAGUGCCGUUUCAAAGAAGAAAGCAACUGAUUCAAAGCAGCCUUCGAUCCUUGACGUGCUCUCUAAGGCAAGCCCUAAGAAAUCCAAAGUUGUCAAAAAGCCAACUGCUGUCAAGCCAUUGUCCAGCGACUCGGACAGCGCAGGCCCUGCAGUAGUGAAGAAACAAGCCAAGAAGAGGAAGACUGUGCUGAGCAGUGACCAAUCAGACAGCUCCGACUCUGACAGCGGCAAUCUCAUGGCCCGCCUCAAGGGCAAGAGCACUGCUGGAAAGAAAGCAAAGAGCUGGGAGGAUGACGAAAGCUUUCAGUUGGAGGAGACUGAGAAAGUAGUGGUCUCUGCAGCCCCCAGGAGCCGAGCUGCCCGCACCACUAAACCUGUGACCUACGCACUCGAUUCAGACUCUGACGAUGAUGAUUAAUGUGCUGUUGCAUUGUUUUUAAAUGAGUAUAAUCUUAAGGGUAAAGUUCAUACUGUAAUGCAGAAAGCCUGUUUUGUUUGUCUUUAAAUAUGACAAACUAGUAAACUAACUGUUUUAUUUUAAGCAUUUUAUAUAAUGUCAUAACGUUGUUACACAUAACAUUGUUCAAUGUUGCUGUUUUUUAUAUGUGGUCUUGUCUUUAUGUAAAUAUUUUAUCUGUUCUCUUUACUUAAGCUUUGUAAUAAAUGUUUUUUCAGUGAGAA